AGUUUGUCUGAUCUUUCAAUUAUUUUAUUUUAUUUAUUCUUUUAUUCCCCUUUCACCAAAAGCCUGUGUAGUUUCUCUCUGUUAUAAUUUUUUUUUUCACUCUAAUGAAAAAAAAAUAAAACAUUUUUAUAGUUGGAAGAAGAUCUAGCUCGUAAGAAAACUCUCCUUGGAUUUUCCCUAAAAGAUACUGAAUUUACAGGAAAGUUUUGUUUUUUCUGCUGCCCUGAUUGAGAUUUCACUUGGGUCCAAGAGUUUCUAGGGUUUGCUUCAUCUUUGAAUCUUCAUUUCUCUGUUGUAUGGUGUUUUGUUGUAGUUAGUGUGUUUAGUGAUUUAAUGGAUCUUUUUCUUUUGAAAUUUACUUGUUUAGGCUUUGGUUUUGCUGUUGUGUGAUCUAUUUAUGCAUUGUUGUUGAACUUUAGUUUGUAUCGUUUGUGUUUUAUGGGUUUUUAUUAAAUUCUCUAUUUAAUUUGCUCUGUGUAUUGUUGUGUUGAGUCGGGUCGAUUUAUAUAUCGAUUUUGAAGGUGUUGUAGGGUAUCAAAAUUGUGGCUUGAUUAGUUGUAUUGAGAAACAUAACGAUUACUAAUUAGGAUUUUGUUCAUAUUAUUGAUAUUCUUAUAGAGAAGGUUUGGGGGAAUUUUUAUUUCUAGGGUGUCUAGAUGGAUAAGGAUAAAUCUCCGGGUCAUGUUGGUUUACUGCCUCCAUCUGGUCGAUUCUCAAGCUUUUCUUCAACUGGGAACCCUAAUUUUAAUGUGAAACCUGAGCCAACGGCAUCAACAUCAUUCCCGCCACUAGCUCCAGGUGCUUCUAACUCUGACAGGGCACAUUUUGGUCAUCAGUCUGAUUCUAACCGAUUCAGCCAUGACAUUAGCCGAAUGCCUGAUAAUCCACCAAAGAAUGUGGGCCACCGCAGGGCUCAUUCUGAAAUCCUCAGUCUGCCUGAUGAUAUCAGCUUUGAUAGUGAUCUUGGUGUGGUUGGUGGUGCAGAUGGGCCAUCUCUCUCGGAUGAGACAGAGGAGGACUUUAUUUCAAAGUAUUUUGAUAUGGAUAAGUUCAAUUCUUCAACAGCUACAUCUGGUUCUCAAAUGGGUGAGCCAGCAGCUCCAGCACCUGCAAAGGCAGUGAUUGGUGGUGGUGGGGGUUCUGUGGAGAAUGCAGGUGUUGGGUCCACUGAGAGGCCCAGGAUUAGGCAUCAGCAUAGCCAAUCAAUGGAUGGUUCAACAAGUAUUAAGCCAGAGAUGCUCAUUGGGGUUUCAGAAGAGGGGCAUGGUGCUGAUUCUAAGAAAGCUUUGUCUGCUGCCAAAUUGGCUGAGCUUGCUCUUAUUGAUCCAAAGCGUGCAAAAAGGAUAUGGGCAAACAGGCAGUCAGCUGCAAGGUCAAAGGAAAGGAAGAUGCGAUACAUAGCUGAGCUUGAACGGAAAGUGCAGACACUACAAACUGAAGCAACCUCGUUGUCAGCUCAAUUGACGUUAUUGCAGAGAGAUACAAAUGGUCUGACUGCAGAAAACAGUGAAUUAAAACUGCGCUUGCAAACAAUGGAGCAACAGGUCCACUUGCAAGAUGCACUAAAUGAUGCACUGAAGGAAGAAAUCCAGCAUCUGAAGGUAUUGACUGGCCAAAAUAUUCAGAAUGGUGGUCCCAUGAUGAACUUUACGUCUUUUGGAGCUGGCCAGCAAUUUUACCCAGCUAAUCAAGCCAUGCAUACUCUUCUAACCACACAGCAGUUCCAGCAGCUCCAGAUUCACUCUCAGAAGCAGCAGCAGCAGCAUCAGUUUCAAUUGCAUCAGCUUCAACAGCAACAGUUGCAUCUGCAGCAGCAGCAUAUGCAGGAGCAGCAACAGCAGCAACAACAAUCUGGGGACUUAAAAAUAAGAGGACCAGUUCCUUCUCCAAACCACAAAGAUAACGCUUCAGAUGUCAACUCCUCUGCCAAGGAUUGAGUAACAAAUCAGGCAGUUUUCAGAAUCCUUUUUUAAAUUUGUCCUCACAUAGGAUAUUCUUACUGUUACUUUUAGUUUGUGUAGACACUACUUCAUUCCAUUUAAUUUUAGGCAGUGACUGGUUUUUAGUUGGAGACUAUAUUAUAAGAGUUACCUAUCAUAUUACAUGGCCUAGUUUUGUAAGAUUGCCUUUCUUUCACACACAUUCAGUCUCUUGGAUUGUCAUUUAUUCGGUCUUUUGGUUCUCAGAGAACAAUGGUGUGUGUGCCUUUGCAACGAUUCAAGUGGAGUUCAUUGUGACUGCUGAUUCAUUUGCAUUGUCUGUGAUUUUGUGCGCAGUUUACCUAAGCAGGAUUGCAAUAGUAUUUUGAUAUUGUUUUAAGGCAAAGCUGCAAACUGCGACGAUGCCUUUACUGUCUUCCAUACAAGAUGCUGUUCAUAACAAGAUGUUCAUUCCAUUCUUUCUCAUGUUACAAAUGGUUUUUAGGUCACUCCCUGCCAAUUUGGUGAGGCUUUCAUCUGAUUCUCUGUUGGUCUAGUACUUCACGUAGGUGGAUUCUGGUUUUCACUUUGCUUUCUGUAUGUGUUUAAGAUACUUUUCUGAGCAAUGCUUUCUGGGUAAAAGCACUUUCUGUAAUAAGAAUGUAACUGUUUCUUCAAAAAUAAUCUUUGACAUUCCUUAA